AUGGAAACCAUCAUUACGGACUGGCUGCAGGUCGAAGGAGGAACUAAUCCUAAGAGGAAGCGAGCAGAACAAGUAUGCUCCGCCUGCCACGCAAAAAAGAUAAAAUGCGAUCUUCAGAAACGACUAGCGCAAGGCGAGCAACGAUGCACAGCUUGCGAUGGCGCCGACCGGCAAUGCGAUGUGCGACACUCGAAAAGAAGGAGGAAAACAACUACGAACUCGACCACCACUAAUCCAACCACUACACCGGCGGCGGCCACUUCACAGCCGGCACGACCACCGGAAGAGUAUAGAAGACGAUCGGUGGUCAGUGAAGCGCAUGUUGACCUUCGCACGCCACCAUCGUCUCAUUUCAGCCAAGCUCGGCAUAAUUUGCCAAAUACCUGCCCCUCCUACAUAUCAAACCACAGCCCCGAAUCCUUUCGCACCACGCGCACCGGCGAUACAGGUCACGAAUUAGGCACUGGCAGGACCGCAAGCGAUGUAGACACUGGCUUUCUUCAAGUUUACGGUCCAGAGCAAGAUAUAGACGUUGAGGAACAGGAACAGGAGGCCGCAUUAGGUCAUCCCCACCACAACACGCUCGCCUUUCAACAAAGAGAGCUGCACGAGAUAUUUGCCGAAACAUACAGCGAGUAUUGCUUCACAUGGUGUCCAGUACUCGACCCCGAUACAUUACUUCGGGAAGUUGCUCGGUCACCGUUGCUGGCAAAUGCCGUUGCCCUCGCUGCAAGUCACAUACGGCCACCGCUUCUCCCACACGAUGGACCGGCAGCCUAUUACAAGGCCGCCACCACUAUGUUUUACAACGACGAGGAGCCUGAUCCCUUGACAACACUACAGGCCGUGUCACUUUUCUACUGGUGGGCAAAGAAACCACCAACCAUGAUUCACCGUCACUCGAGCUGGUGGUGGCAAACUGUCAUCAUUCGCCAGGCACAGCAAAUGAAUAUACAUCGGGAAACUCAAGCGCCAAAAGAGCCACCAGAAGACGAUGCAUCGCCUAUUGCCCACGCACAGGCGUUGCUCUCGGUGGGAGGCCAUUACUUUCCAGCUCCCGCUUCAGCAGUACCGUACCGACCCGAGAUUAGCAUCCGUCGACGCAUCUGGUGGACUGCGUUUGCAAGGGAGAGACUGACGGCGCUCUGCCAGAGUAAACCAGCCGUCAUCGAUCCAGAAGAUUGCAAUAUACAAGAGUGUACCUUACAUGAUUUCCCACCCGAUCCAGCCCUUCAGCGCAAAGGAGAAAUAUUUAUCUAUUGGGUCAGGCUAUGUGGCAUCAUGGGUCGCAUGGCCAAGCAGCUCACUCGCGCUGCUCCAGAUGAGCCAUUCCCCUUACACCUGAGGCGGGAGCUAGUCACAUGGGUCAAGUCUUUACCGCCUCAUCUGGUCCUUCCAAUACAAACAGGAACGACCUCUGCGUCUACGUUUGACAGGGACAUUCACUUGUUACACUUGCCAUAUUUCACGAGCAUCAUUGUUCUGCACCUUCGCAAAUCCGCCCGUGCCCCGGUACCACAGGCUCUUCCGGCCGCGAUACUGGCUGCGAGCUGUACGGCAAGAAUCCUGCGUGACGUACUUGCGAGAGGCGAUUCUAGAUAUUUACCAGCAAUCACAUGUUGGUAUACGGGCUCAGCUUUCAUAGCUUUGCUCCAGGCCACCCGCAUCGAAAGCAUAGCUGCCGAAGCAACCGCUGGACUGGAUAUUAUAACUGCCACAGUGGACCAGCUACAGAUCAUGUGGGGGUCGGCCAAAAUUAUUCGGAAUGGCUUUGACAGGUUAAGGGCGCAGCAGCAUCAGCUGCAUGCGCAGAGCCGGCAGCCGAGUGCCGUGUCUGUUCCUGAGGCAAUUGUACCGGAAGCUGAACACAGGAUCACGCCGGUAGCAAGUGAUGAACUGCCGGAGCUGGACAAGUGGGAAAGCUUGUUCCCAUUUGUGACGAGGGAUACAAGCGGCAUAGCUGCCACACUGCUGCCGAUUAGACGAGAGCCAAGGGACGCGACCAGGAUGCCGACGCCCGAUAACAUGUUGUUCCAAGAUAGGGAUUCAUACAUGGCGGGUCUCCUGGAUCCCUUUGGCUACGGCAGCUUGGAGUUUGCCGACCUUGGAAUGCCUGAAUUCGGUGUGUAAAUGCAGUGGUUUCUUUUCUGGGAUUAGCCCCUUUGUAUUCUCACUCCUUCUUCUGAUGACAUGAACCCGACACCGAUGAAAUGUUUCCAUUUUCAAUAGAUCUUAUGUCAUAUCGCUAUGCCAUGCCUCGC